AUCAAAAUCCCAACAAAAGCCCACUGUAUGACAAAACAAGAAACUUCUCUUUGCCAAAUUGCUCAAAGGAAUGAAAUCAUAGAUCCAAAUUCCAAUCAAUCAACAAACAUAAAUUUCCCAACAAUACCAGUUCAUAGACUAAAAAAUAUUAUUAAUAUUAAAUAAUUAAUAUAAUUUUUUCAAAAAGGAAAAUACUCUCUUAACAAACCGCCUCAUUACAAGUUACCCAAUACCCACGUCUUUCAGAAUCUCCUCCUCUCUCUCUCUCUCUCUCUUCUAUAAAAAUUUUGUUUCCCUUUCUUUCCCAAAAUCAAUUUUCAAAAUCAAAAUUUUCCUUGCGAUCACUCGGAUCUGGUCAUCGUAACCCUAAGUGAUGUGCCUAUCAAAAUCGCCGCCGUCGACGCCCCCAUCUCCGCGGCGGAAGAAGCGACCCGUGGUGAUACGAUCGGUGUGGUCCGGCAACUUAGAUUACGAGUUCGGGUUGCUAGGAUCCGUGAUCGAUGAUUAUCCUUUCAUCUCCAUGGACACGGAGUUUCCCGGCGUCGUGGUCCGCCCGGACGUCGCCGUUCCCGGCGAUCGGAUCCCCCAGUCCGUCGCGCACUACCGAGUUUUGAAGGCGAACGUCGACCGGCUGAACCUGAUCCAGAUCGGGCUAACUCUCGCCGACGCGGAGGGGAACCUCCCCGAUCUCGGCACCGGGAGCGUCUACAUCUGGGAGUUCAACUUCAGGGACUUCGACGUGGCGCAUGACGCCCACGCUCACGACUCGGUUGAGUUGCUCCGCCGGCAGGGGAUCGACUUCGAACGCAACCGCGAGCGCGGGAUCGACUCCGCCCGGUUCGCGGAGUUGAUGAUGACGUCGGGACUCGUCUUGAACGACUCAGUGAGUUGGGUGACGUUCCACAGCGCAUACGACUUCGGUUACCUGGUUAAGGCUUUGACUCAGCGGGUUUUGCCGAGCGAGUUGGGCGAGUUUUCGAGACUCGUGUCGAUGUUCUUCGGGCCGAAUGUGUUCGACGUGAAGCACCUGAUGAGGUUCUGCGCGAGCCUCUAUGGUGGGCUGGACCGGGUGUGCCAAGCCCUGAAUGUGGGCCGGGCCAUCGGGAAGAGCCACCAGGCCGGGUCCGAUAGCCUGCUGACGUUGCACGCGUUCCAGAAGAUUCGAGAAGUUUACUUCGCUGAAAACGGGGUCGAGCAAUACGCCGGUGUUUUGUAUGGUUUAGAAAUCUCGUAAAAUGUUUGUAGAUGAUCUGUGUUUUCUAAUGGUAAAUUUCGUACACAUUUGGGUUAUUAUUUUCAUUGGUUUA